AUGAAGUCGCAUUCCCCCCGCAAGACUUUGGAUGGCUCGAGAAGGAGAAGUUCCGUUACUGCAGGGCACCGUACGAGCGUCGGCAGCGGGAUUCCUAGGGUCCAGUCUCGAAUUGCACUAGCACGCGCAUCCACCACACAACCCGCGUACGACUUCAUGACUGGGGAAUCAUUGGCGUCGCGCCCCCCAUCAAGAGACAGCUUCCGACGAUCAACUCGAAUGCCUUCGGCCGAGCCGCUGAAUAAGUCAGUCACUGAAUCAGAGCAAGACCGAAACAAGCGCCAGCGGGAACUGGACGAACUCAAAGCCGAGUUGAAGACUCUACAAUACACUAUUGAUAAUCACAAGCAAGAGGAAGAGCUUGCGAAGUUAAGACAUGAAAGUGAGCUCCGAGACGCUCGGCGGAAAGCCGAAGAGGAUUUCAAGAAGAGGCAGGCGGCAGAGUCUGAAAAGACAAAGGCAUUGCGACAAUAUGAGUCCUUACUCGAGGAAGUUACUGAGGGUAGAGAUAUCGCAAGUAACGAAAAGGCUACACUCGAGAGACGACUUCGGGAGAUCGAGGAGAGCAAGCGGAUUCUGGAGGAGGAAGUAGAAGAUAUCAAGAACGAGCGAGAAGAGAGCAUUCGUGGGAUUGGAAGGAGAACUGCGGAGCUCCAAACUCGGAAUGAGACCCUCCAGCGGACCGUGGAAGAUUUGCAGCAGGAUUCGGAUAGGAGGGAGGCGCUACUGCAGGAUGUCCAACAACAGCUGUCGAGCAAAGAGACAGUAAUCGGCAAUCUUGAGGCAGAGGUUCUACGGCUGAAGGCACAAACGGGGGAUGCAGACACACUGGCGAUUAUUAAGAGGGAACUCAGCGAGCAGGUCACACACAUCCGGACUCUAGAAGCCACGAACAGAGAACAGGCUGCGGAAUUAAAACAUUUCAAGAGGCUUCACAAGAGCGUUGAAGUAGUGGAGGAGGAGAAGAGAUCUCUUCAGAGAAAGCUCGAUGCGAUGGAGGGAUUGGAGAACGAGCUAGGGGAGGCUAGGAUUCAGCGACAGAGACUAGAAGAUGAGCGCCUGGCAUGGACUGCCUAUCUUAAGAGCGAAGCUAGCCCAGAUGGUGAGCUCGAGUUUGACUCUCCAGAGGAAUUGGCGAGAGCUCUGAUUGCAGAGCGGCUACGAACUGCCACCUUGGUUGAACGUGUCGGUGCUAUUGAGGCUGAAUUAUCUGGGAAGGAUCUCGCUAUCCAGACCCUCGAGGCAGAUAAGUCAACUUGGUCGGCGCAAAAUGAGAAGGCCAAAACAGCUACUGGUGCAGCCGGCGACAAUAAAGCUCUACUUCGAUUAGAGCGACAACGAGCUCUUGCCAUCAAAGAGGCAGAGUAUCUCCGGGCUCAACUCAAGACUUAUGACACGGAAGAUACAACCUUCCAAGCAGAGAAUGUCGACGAGGCCAAGCUUAAGCGGGUCCAGGAGCUUGAAGACAUGGUCGACCAAUACCGGCAAGAGGUCCAAACUCUCGACGGUGAGUUAGCCUCUAGGGAGAAAGCGGUCGCCCCAGUGCCAGAAACUAUAGGAAGCAAGCGGCCUCGCGAUGAGACUGAAGAGAACGAGCGACUUGGCCAACUAUCCCGCAAAAACCGCAAGCUCCAAGACGAACUUAGCACCUUCCAAACCAACACCAAAAUCCUCCAAAAAGAGCUCUCGGUAGCACAGGAGCGUCUCACAGCAGCCAACCAACAAAGCCAAACACGUAUUCUCUCCCUACGCUCCAACCCCACAUCCGAUGUAGAAGCCAUCAAAAUGAGCACCCUAAACGCCCUCCGCCAAGAAAAUGCCGAUCUCCUCACCCAACUCCAAACCUCCAGAGCUGUAACGAGCGUCCCAAUAUCCACCCUCGAAGCUUCCCGCCGCGACGUCCAAGACGCCGAAGCGCGGCUUGCCUCAGAAAAGAAGCGCAACGACCGUCUCAUGAAAGUCUGGGGCGCCAAAUCUGCUGAGUUCCGACAGCUCGUAAUCUCCCUUCUCGGCUGGGACGUAGUAUUCAUGCGCGAUGGCAAAACAAGAGUCACGAGCUAUUUCUACCCCAGCAAGGGAGAUGAAGAGAACAGCAUUGUUUUUGACGGGGAGAGGGGGACCAUGAAAAUCAGCGGCGGGCCGCAGAGUUCGUUUGCACUUAAAAUUUCGGACCAGAUUAAAUUCUGGGUUAAGGAGCGGGGAAGUAUCCCUUGCUUGCUGGCAGCGUUAACGUUGGAGUUUUAUGAGGAGGCUAAUAGGGAUGGGACGUUGAGAGUUGAUGUGUGA